UACCACGCUUGGUACAGUAGGUAGCAAGAUCAAAGCUGGAGGUAAGCUUAGUGGGUUUCCUAGGGGAGGGAGUGAUGACUAUAGGUUGGUACCUGUCCAUAUUCAAGAAGUAUCAUUACUCGACUAUACAACCCUCAUUGAAAAGUUCAUAAGAGAUGGGGUUAGUGUACGGAGUAUGAAGUUUAAUCAUGGAGAGUACAGUACGUACUAGGAUGUCAAUAUUUGACUACCUGACGGCCAUGAUCCCACUACGUGCCCUGUUCCUUUUCGGGAGCGCGUUCCUUGCUGCCAGCCAGGUGCAGAGGGAGCCAGCAUACCGUCGAUUGCAGGGGCAACGCAAGGGCGCGUCCAGUUCUCAACUCAUCAAGUCAUUCUGUUUGUUCAAUCUCUGUCUUCCAACUUAAUGUUACAGGCGAACUCGCAGAAUCAUCGCCCUCUAAAAAACUGAGCUCCCCUUGUGUUUGUUUCCAAUUUCCCUCUCUCUCUCUCAUCACACUAUGAUGGUCAGGCACUUGAUAUUGUUCCUUCUCGCUGCGUUGUUUCCACAAGCACUCGCAGAUGUGGAGUUUGUGAUUCCAAAAUCCGGUGCCGUCCUACAAAUCGGGGAUGUUCUUAUGGCCCAGUGGAGAGAAUCAGGAAGGCUUCCCCCGAUCACUGACCUCCUACACUACGAUCUCUAUCUCUGCGCCGGCGGGGAGGUAGCGGGCACUUAUGAAGAUGUAGCUCUGCUGUCGAAAGGAAACGUUUUUGCGAGGGGUAACUCAAUAUCCUUCACGCUCGACCCCAGCUUGAGGGAGACGGAUGCAAAUACAUACUUUCUAAAAAUUGUCUCUUGGGGCACGGGUGCCUCCGUCAUAAAUGUUUCUGAGCAGUUCACUAUAACUAAUAUGACCGGUCCUGUCUCAACAUCUGUCUCGCACAGCUUGCCUCCCACAAUUAACGACUCCGCACUUUCGGAUUAUGAAAUGUCCAGACAUCAUGAACUACGAAAGAGACAAGUAGAAGAGGCUCUUACAGUCCCAUAUCAGUUGCAGACCGGGCCUACCAGAUAUGCGCCAAUGGCCAAGAAGCCUGCAAGCACAAUUCCAGCCAAAUUGCCGACUCCCCAAUUUGCGGCAAGCGCAUAUACCAUCGCCACAACAUAUCUCCCCCCAGCAACCGUUCAGGUCACCCUCUCCGCCUCUGUGACAUACUCCGUGGCCAGUAUUGAGAAUACUGCCUCUCCCGCACCACAUUUGCACGACGCACAGAUGAAGCGAUUCUUAGAAAGAUGGAAAGACUAAAUUCGAAGUCUCGUAACAGUGUUCAGCACCAUCUCAAGAGACGUUGAUCUCCCCAUCGUAUUGCUCAUGUCUCAAUCGCUGAUCGGGUCAUUACCGAGCACGUCUCGUGCACCUUCCGGGCAACCAGCUUCAAAGGUUUAUAAGAUUGACCGGAAAUUGCCCAUGUUAUGAUAACGAUAAACGGUCGUUCAUUCACUAAUCAAUCUGGAAUCAAGAAAGACCAGGUAGAUCAUGAUAUCGUUGCGAGAUCGCAUCAGUAACUCUUGUCAAUUACAUAAAACUAGGUAACCUUAGCC